GCCGGGUGUUCCGACUUCGAGGCAACGAUGCAGGAUACCGGAUUCCUCCUGUGUGAGCGGCGGUUCAGCUGAAAAACGUUUUUUUCCUUUUUUAAUUUUCGACUGAACAGUACUUGAGCUACUCGUAAAAACGUGAGAUAUCCUUGGAGUGAGCAUACUCACUCGUUCCCUGGCAAAUCCUUCCAGCCCUAGCCUGCGAGAAUGAUAAAUCAGUGAAGAAUUUCGGAAGCGUAUGCGAGUUUGUCUUUCUUAGCGAAAAGUUGAACAAUUUUUUGUGCACUUGAUCGUUGAAACUUGAAACAUAUGAGUGGCACUAGACAGCGUCCCUUCGGCAGCGGGGCCAAUUAUGUACUGGACUAUCUGAAGCGCAUGCAAGCAGAGAGCCCUGCCUUCUUUUAUGCAGUUCAAGGUGAUAAUGAUCACGCGGGUGGAAAUAUAUUUUGGGUUGAUGGAACAUCUAGGAUGAAUUACUCUUAUUUUGGGGAUUCUGUUAUAUUGGACACAACCUAUAAGACCAACCGGUACAAGGUGCCAUUUGCCUCUUUCAUUGGUUUUAAUCAUCAUGGACAGCCAGUUUUGUUUGGUUGCGCGUUGAUUCUCAACGAAUCUGAGUCUUCAUUCAUAUGGCUCUUCAGGACUUGGCUUCAAGCUAUGUCCGGACGCCACCCUGUGUCCAUAACAUCUGAUUUGGAUCCUUUCAUACGUGUUGCUGUUGCCCAGGUUCUUCCUCAAACUCGCCAUAGAUUCUGUAAGUGGAGCAUAUUUAGAGAAACUCGAGAGAAGCUGGCGCAUCUUUGUCAGUCACAUCCUGCUUUUGAAUCAGAAUUCAAGAAAUGUGUCAACGAGAGUGAGACAAUUGUUGAGUUUGAGUCUUCUUGGGACUCACUUCUAAAUAGAUACUACAUCAUGGAUAAUGAAUGGCUUCAGUCAUUGUACAAUGCCCGGCAACGUUGGGUCCCGGUUUACUUGCGGGACACUUUCUUCGCAGAGAUAUCUUUAAACGAGGGAAAUGAAGCUUUAAAUAUUUUCUUUGAUGGAUAUGUUAACGCAUCAACUACCAUACAGAUAUUGGUCAAACAGUAUGAGAAAGCUGUAUCAACUUGGCAUGAAAGGGAAUUAAAAGCAGACUAUGACACUACUAAUACUAGUCCAGUUUUGAAAACGCCGUCUCCUAUGGAAAAACAAGCUGCAAGUCUUUACACGAGGAAGAUAUUCAUGAAAUUUCAAGAGGAGUUAGUAGAGACUCUAGCAAAUCCUGCAACAAAAACUGAUGAGUCUGGAGCUUUGAUUACUUAUAGGGUUGCCAAAUUUGGGGAAAACCAAAAAGCACACAUUGUUACUUUUAAUUCUUUUGAAAUGAAAGCUAAUUGCAGUUGUCAGAUGUUUGAGUAUUCAGGAAUUAUUUGUAGACAUAUACUAGCAGUCUUCAGAGCAAAAAAUGUUCUUACACUUCCUCCACAGUAUGUGUUGAAACGCUGGACAAGGAAUGUGAAAACGGGAGCUUUGUUGGAUGAGCAUGCAUCUGAAUACACAAGUAAUUCUCAUGAGUCUUUAACAGUUCGUCAUAAUAAUUUGCGUCAAGAAGCAAUCAAAUAUGUGGAAGAAGGUGCAAAGUCUAUUCACAUUUAUCACGUUGCAAUGAAAUAUCUGCAAGAAGCAGCUAAGAAGGUUUCUGCUGUGAAAAUUCAAAGUGCUGGGACUACAGAGGGUUCUGCACUGGCAGACAGAGGCAGGGAUGGAAUGCUUGCUGUUGAUGAAGAUGGGCUGCCAACCUAUACAUCUGUGGAGGAGAAGCAAAAAAAAAUCAAAGAGUUGACCGCGGAGUUGAGGAGUACAAAUGAGCGAUGUGAAGUUUAUCGUGCAAACCUGCUGUCUGUUUUGAGGGAUAUGGAAGAACAGAAGUUGAAGUUAUCGGUGAAGGUCCAAAAUGCGAGACUUAGUUUGAAAGAGUAAGUGCAUUUGGAGUGAAGGACAUGGGUGCUUUUUCUGGGGAUUUAUCUGUUUUUGUGGGUGGAGGCUAAACUGGAAUCCCUCAUGACGAAUUACUCUUUGCUUCUUGCGUGAAAGAUUCUUGCUGGGUGGCCAAAGUCGCUCUUCUGGAGUUAGUAUUCGUGACUAUUUCAUGAUAAAUACCCAAAGCUUUGUAUGUCGUAGAUUGGCAUAUCAAUUUCAGUUUCAUAGCCCUUUGAAUUUGUUCAAAUGAAAUAAGUUUAUCUAGAUUAAUGCUUGUUUUCUUUUAUUAUUAUUACUACUACUACUACUAGUAAUAGUGUAAAGUACACUGAUUUCUCUUUUAUUUAACCUAAGUGUAGAUUUCCAUUUUAUUUUGGAAA